GCCAAUUAUGUUUUGGUCAAUCCUAUAACGCUACUCGCUCUUGGUCACUUACUGAAAUUGGGAAUGGCUUUAUUGAAACUAAAUUAAGCAAAUACGUACAAACAUAUAAAUAUUAUCAUUCAUAACUCUGUCAAUCAAUACGAGGCAAAACAACACAGCGUCCUUGUUUACACCUUAAGGAUGUUGUAUCCACUUAAGAUGUGGUUAUAACGAUUCAGUAGGGAGUAUAAAUGAUGAUUGCCGAUAAAUACAAUCGUUAUUCGAGCUAAUUAAAACAGUGUGUUGCUGAAAAUAUUUGAUAGUGAGAAAAAUGGUUAACUGAAAUACACAUCUGAAUGCCUAAAAUUUUUUACCAAUUGUGGGAUAAUGCUAGUUUUUGUGAAAGUUUCUGAAUUCAGUUUAUGACUCUUAAUAUGAUGCUGUGCAUAAGAUAUCGUAAGGAACAGAACAGGGAAUGUUAUGAACGACUUCCGCUACUGCCGAAACACGUAAUACGGGUUCGUCAAUAUGGCAGCACAAUCGCUUUAAGUGUGGAACACACUAACAGAAAAUUCAACAAAGUAGUCUGGGAAAAGGAUGGAACAAAACUUAAAUCCAAGAAAAAGAAAUUUGAUAUUGACCAUGAUCUACCACGAUCGACAACCUUGAUAUUACAUGACGUCACAGAAAAAGAUAGCGCCAUCUAUCAAUGUAUUCUGAGAUCUAAAAAUGACGUAGAAUGUAGUGAUCUUACUUCAAUAGAGUUCAAUACAAUUAAAUUGAACAAACAAUUCAGCGAAUCAAAGGCGGACGAAAAAAGAAAAGAAUUUAAAGCCCGCCUUUUGCAUCAGCCAACCAUCAAUCCCAGCAGUCGUCACCGGAAUGUCGUCAAGUACAACGUCAUAGUAUCAAAACAAAUACAAACAACGGAUAUAGUCAAGGAAGGUCUUUUUGCCCGGACGACGGAAACGGACAUUAGGCGGAUCCUCCACUAUGGCGUGUUACUAAGUGAGAACUCCCGUCUACACUGGCAGGCUCUGAGCGGUCACUCCGUGGUCAACAAGAUAUACCAAAGGUUCCACAAUACCAACAUCCGAUCCAAAACAUCACGGGAAUACCAGAAAAGGUGCGCCGUUAUAGACAGUCUACAGUGCACAGACAAACACGUGACUUUCAUUUCUGGGGAGGUCGAGUAUUCAACGCUUUGCUCAUAUCUGGAAAAUGGUUGCAUCACCAACAAACUAGAAGCUCUAUUAGAGAGUAGAAAUCUUGCGAUCAUUAAAAAGUAUUUUCAGAAGAAUGGAUAUAUACCAAAUGCUAAUGAAAAAUGUAUUUGUGUACCUAAAAAGUACUUUGAAACAAUCCAGACGGACUAAGAUUGCAGAAUCUGAUUGCUAUGUAUGAUAAGCUUUUGAAUUUUGAUUGCCACUUUUCAUAAAUAUGAUACACACCUUAUACUAAAGUAUAUAUGGGUCAAUUUUGGUUAUUGGUUCUUUAUAACUUUAAAAUCGUCAUGACAUAGUCUUCAUGGUUUUAAGCGAUAUUCAGGUUACAUUUAUUCAUGCUAAUGCCGACUUAACCGUUAUCCUGCUAAUAUAAGAACAUGUGGAUGUCGAAGUGGUGUGCGAUUUUUUUGACCCUAGCAGUAAGAUGAUAAAAUUAUUUAGAGAAAAUAAUCCCGUUUGUAGACAGUUCGGAACAUUAGCCAAUAAAAAUAAAGGUAUUGUAAUUAUAAUUAAUUGAAAAAAGCUAUGAUCAUAUCUACAACGGUUGCAAAGAAAUAUUCAUAACAAAACGCUUACACUUAAAUGAAAUCAAUACAAAGAAAGCAUACCAAGAUUCUGUCCCAUGCUUUCUCUAUUUUGCUCUGAAAAGUUCGACUUGGUUAAAAACACGAUUCUUACAAGAAAUACAUAAAAAUCAUUCUGAGAUCUUUCAUCAAUUCGAAAUUUCUCAAUACACCCGGCACAUUUUAUAAUAACAAUUAGGUGCUUUUAUGUCUGUUGCAAUGCACAAUUCUCCUACUCUUUUUUAAAUCUUUGUAUUAUAUAUUGAUUAGAUUAAUUUAUGGCUCAGAGGAACAAUCUCUUUUUUUUACAUUUUGAAAGAAGUAAUUAAAGCUUAAAAAAUAAUAAAAAUACUAGCUCACAAAAAUUAGAACUAAUGAUUUCCCUCUCAUCUUUCUUUCUACAUUUCUUUCUUUCUACUUUUCCCAUCAUCCUAAUGACAUUAUGUAUAUAAGUAAGAAUAUAAUAUAUAAUGGAAAGAAUGGUAUAGAAUGAAUGUUCUGUAAACAAUUUGAUAAAUAAUGAAAUUUGUUAAUGAAGACUGAUUUUAUGUAUUUCAGUGCAUUAAAAUGUAUUUUUCUCCACCUUCAUUGUAUUUUAUGACUUUGUCUUUCAAAUAUCAUAUAAAUCUAUAUCACGUUUAAAAAAUAAAACUCUUAUGUCUACAUAAAAUGUCCAUGGUAUAGAUAUAAACUGAGGUUUGUCAUACAUAUUUUAUAUUUAUCUAAUUU